CAGCGUGGAGGGGGUGGCCGAGAGCCUGAGAUGUGGCGGGGGUGGCGGGGUGGCAGAUCCACGGACGGUAAAGGGAGGAGGAUCGUGACAUGGGUUCAGACCCCGUCAGCGUCGUUGAUUCUUUCUCCUCUAAUGUUGCCAGGACGCUGCACUCUUGGCCUUCCCUCCCACCCAGGUUUUGCCUUACCUCUGGUUUAGGGAAGAGGGUGUGUGUCAUGAUUCCUUUUCUCCCAGGCUGGCAUUGAGGCGGGCACUCUGAUGAAGUGAUAGGCCCAGAUCAGUGCUCUCCAGGGUGCGUAGAAGACCACAUUUCUCUCUGGUUUUCUGGGUAUUGUUGGACGCAACCUUAUCACCUGGAAAAAAUAUUUACCCAAAGAUUGGCGCAUUGUGGAUUGAGGUUCCAGGUGAUCAGCAGCAGCCACUGGAGGCAGAGAACAAGGAGGAAGGAGUUUGCUGGAAGGAGGUGCUGCUUCUCCAGCCCUUGGACACCUGGCACCACCCACGGUGUCCAGCCAGGGUGACAGUAGGGGCUCCCUGUCACAGCAGAGAAAGUGCUGGAGCCAUUGGAUUAUCAACGUUGUUAUGAAGAGAUUGAGAAAUAGUGGCACGUGACCGUGUUUGCCCUUCUAGUGUCAUCAGGGAGCUUUGUAAACAGAAAUCCAGGUGAAGUUGGUAGAAAUAAUAGAGCCACCGCGGUGUGAAUGGGUUUGAGUUGGAAGUCAUCCCCUGUGGAACGUUUCACCUUGGACUUGCUGGGAUCCAGCUGCUGACUUAAUGAGACUCCCCUAAAGAAGACUAGGUAAAGAAGCUGCAAGGAAUUCUGGUGCUUGUUAAUGGUUAAGAGCCAUUAUGAUACUCUAUUUGCAAAGUGCUCUUUGAGCCUCAUUAGGAAGUGAGAAUGAAAUAGACCCAGGGCCGGGCCAGCGCCUCGGAAAAGGGCCCUACCCCUUCGAGGUAUUUGGAUCUUGCUUUGAGUAUAAAGUUGAAGCGAUAGGGAGCAGAUUUCGGCUUCUUCCUUGGAUUCCGGAAAGCUUGUUGGAAGGAAGGAAAGGAACACCAAACUGUUAGGCAUACUCAAGCCAGUUUAUUUUCUUCGGGAAACGUCUGGUACAGAUUGGAAGUGGGGGUGAAUAGAGAACUGACCUCCUGCUACUCAGAAUUCUGAUUGCACAAGUUGUGGUUAACCUGAGAGGUGCGGGUUGGCCUCUGUUUCUCAGCUUAAGGGUAGUUCUAGUAAGAUAUUUGACAUCACCUGGCAGGUAAAGCCUGGAGACAGGCUUUUUUCUGUGUGACUUUGGAGUUAAGUGGUACCUCCCUGUCUUCCACUAGCUGCCUGGGGCUGUGGUCCUCCUGAUGGGGACUGCUUUUCUUUAAAAAAACAAAACAAAACAAAAAAAUUAUUAAUAAUUAAGUCUCCCAUGUUGACCAUGGAUGCUGGGAAGUAGCUUAGCAACAUCACCUCUGGUCUAUCCUUCCCAUCUGAGGAGAGAAACUUGAAGGCCUAAGAUCUGAAGGGUUAAAUUGGCAUGAUGUGGGUGCUGCCAAGACAGUCCUCUUGUAACCAAGAGUAGGAAGGAUGAAGACCUUGUAUUUAAAACAUCAGGCCUUAGACCUGCAGUAUGGCCACCGUUGCCCUGCCCGACUCAUUUGGAAAUGGCCUUGUGUGCUCUUGUCUAGGCGGGAUGGUGCACGUGUGAUUUUGCUGAGUUUAAAGGCCUCCUGCUGUCUCCAGGACACCAUGAAUGCCAUUGUCGCUCUCUGUCACUUCUGUGAGCUCCACGGCCCCCGCACUCUCUUUUGCACAGAAGUUCUGCACGCCCCGCUUCCUCAAGGGGCUGGGAAUGGGGACAGCCCUGGCCAGGGCGAACAGGCCGAGGAGGAGGAGGGUGGCAUUCAGAUGAGCAGUCGGAUCCGCGCUCACAGUCCAGCGGAAGGGGCCAGCGCAGAGUCCAGCAGCCCGGGGCCCAAAAAGUCGGACAUGUGCGAGGGCUGCCGGUCCCUUGCUGCUGGACAUCCCGGGUAUAUCAGCCAUGAUAAAGAGACCUCAAUUAAAUAUGUCAGUCACCAGCACCCCAACCACCCCCAGCUCUUCAGCAUCGUCCGCCAGGCCUGUGUACGGAGCCUAAGCUGUGAGGUCUGCCCUGGCCGGGAAGGCCCUAUCUUCUUUGGGGACGAGCAGCAUGGUUUCGUGUUCAGCCACACUUUCUUCAUCAAAGACAGCCUGGCCAGGGGCUUCCAGCGCUGGUACAGCAUCAUCGCCAUCAUGAUGGACCGGAUUUACCUCAUCAACUCCUGGCCCUUCCUGCUUGGGAAGAUCCGAGGGAUCAUUGACGAACUGCAGGGCAAGGCACUCAAGGUGUUCGAGGCAGAGCAGUUUGGCUGCCCGCAGCGCGCCCAGAGGAUGAACACGGCCUUCACACCCUUCCUGCAUCAACGCAACGGCAAUGCGGCUCGUUCGUUGACAUCCUUGACGAGCGAUGACAACUUGUGGGCAUGCCUUCACACCUCCUUUGCUUGGCUCCUGAAGGCGUGUGGCAGCCGGCUGACUGAGAAGCUCCUGGAGGGUGCGCCCACCGAGGACACCUUGGUCCAGAUGGAGAAGCUUGCAGACUUGGAAGAGGAAUCCGAAAGCUGGGACAACUCCGAGGCUGAAGAGGAGGAGAAAGCUCCUGUCUUGCCAGAGGGUGCAGAGGGGCGGGAGCUGACCAAGUGCCCAACAGAUUCUUCCUUGCUCUCAGACUGUGGAAACUGGCAGCCCCGAAAGAUGUCUGUCUUUAAGUCCCUUCGGCACAUGAGGCAGGUGCUGGGUGCCCCGUCCUUUCGCAUGUUGGCCUGGCAUGUUCUCAUGGGGAACCAAGUGAUCUGGAAAAGUAGAGACGCAGACCUUGUCCAGUCAGCUUUUGAAGUUCUUCGGACGAUGCUGCCAGUGGGCUGUGUCCGCAUCAUCCCUUACAGCAACCAGUACGAGGAGGCCUACCGCUGCAACUUCCUGGGGCUCAGCCCACACGUGCAGAUCCCCUCCCACGUGCUGGCCUCAGAAUUUGCUGUCGUCGUGGAGGCCCAUUCAGCCCCUCGCUCCAGCCUCCACCCAGCCGGGUGCGAGGAUGACCAGUCCCUCAGCAAGUACGAGUUUGUUGUGACCAGUGGAAGUCCUGUAGCUGCGGACCGAGUUGGCCCCACCAUCCUGAAUAAGAUGGAAGCAGCUCUGACCAACCAGAACCUGUCUGUGGGUGUGGUGGACCAGUGCCUCGUCUGCCUUAAGGAAGAGUGGAUGAACAAAGUGAAGGUCCUUUUCAAAUUCACCAAGGUGGACAGUCGGCCCAAAGAGGACACGCAGAAGCUCCUGAGUAUCCUCGGAGCAUCUGAAGAGGACAAUGUCAAGCUGCUCAAGUUCUGGAUGACGGGCCUGAGCAAAACCUACAAGUCCCACCUCAUGUCCACGGUCCGCAGCCCCACAGCCUCAGAGCCUCGUAAUUGACCCCACCGUGGGAACGUGAGCCCAUGCUCACCUUCGCAGAAGUGAUUAGCGUCCCCGCCGCCGAACUCAAGGAUGGGUCUCUGACGGCAGUCACACACUGCUUUUGUUUCUGAACUGCCGGCAUGGAGUUCUUUCCUAGCAAGCAGUGGAAACCCUCGCAGCUGAACCUUGCCCUCCGUGUGGGAUUUGGACCUGGUAUAGUUUUCGGCACCAUUCCACAAGCUGUUUGAAUUGCUCUAGCCCUAAAGAGGGCCGUGGGAGACUUGGGACAGUAGGUCCCCUGUGUUUGAGCACCCUAUGAGAGAAGACUAAGGAGGACAUGCAUCUUAUGUCUCUCAAGGAUUUAGACUCAAAAUUUAUAGGAAAAACAUGUCAGGCCAGUCCCAACUUGGGUAUUUUGGCCGCAGUAACAAACCUCUCAAGGUUCAUGUUUGAACCUUUCUAUUCUGAUAUUCAAGACUUUUCCAGGUUUUAUAUAUGUUUAUAUAUGUUGUAUGUUUUGCUACGGUUGUGAAUUUUCAGGACAUGUGCCGAUCCUUAGUCAUCGUUAGUAAUCUGGUUUUGAGCUCUGGGAAUGGCUUUUGGGGUGGAAUAGAUGUUUCCUCAUUUUUGGGCCUUUUGGGAUUCAUGUUCUGGAACCAUGUGACUACGAAGUCUUCUGGCCAUGCUCUCCUGUGAUUGCUUGGACAUUUCCCUGUAGCUUGAGGACAGGCCCCUGAUCUUUUUUUUUUUACACAAAGGUGAUACUUUGCUGAAAUGUCAGACGGAGCCAUUUGACUUGCCUAACUCACUGGAUGUGGAGUUGAGAAACCCACCAUGGUUUUAUUCCAUGUCACUUUGCCCUUUAUUGCUUCUUUAAACAUUUAGAUUUGGCUACAGGUAACAAUUUUCAGAGUAUGGUGAUUUAAGAUAGUUUCAUCAUCCCAGCAUGCACUUUUAAUAAGGAUUCAUGGCUUGGAGGGAUUUUUCCAGCAGAUUUGCUGAUUUGUUUAUAGUUUUUUUGGUGUGUUUGCUUAAUUUAUAUUUAACAUGGAAACUAAGUUUAUAUGACUAGGUAUCUAUCAUGCAGGAACAUUGAAACACAAUAAAGAUGUA